AUGAUCGAUAAGCUUGUCAAGAGUGUGGGAAGAGCCAUGAACCCAUGGUACAGAAGACCAUUUGGAUUCCCAAGUCACUUCUUCAACGAUCCAUAUUUUGAUUCCUUGUUUAAGGAAUUUGACACCCAAUUCCCAACAUCAUCCAUUACCAGCUUUUCACCAAGCGUCGAUGUCAAGGAAACCGACAACAGCUACGAACUCACAGCAGACGUUCCAGGAUUUACCAAAGACAAUAUCAAGGUCGAUUUGGACGAAGAGAACAGAAUGAUUACCUUGAAGGGUGAAAUGAAGAAGGAAAAGGAGGAAAAGGAUAAAGAGGAAGAUACUUGGUGA